AUGUCUACCACAGAGACAAAGGAAGGCAGUGGUGCCAGCAAUCCUCCAACAGCGACAACCUUGAUCAGCCCGUCGCAGCGAAAGCUCUACGAUCCAGCGGUCACAUUCGAGGAAUACGUGCAUUAUGCGCAGCGGACAAGGGAAGAAGAGAAGAUCCAGCAGAACAUUCCCGCCGAAGAUGGCAUACUCCAACAAGUCUUCCGGAGGAAAUCUCAUGUCACUGAUGAGCCGAUGCCAGUGCCAUUCAGUGGCGUCGACACAGCUGAAAAAGCCUCAGACAAGGGUGGACAUCCGGCUCACGGAGAAGACCCUAAAUCCCGGCGCAGAAGCAUUCUGUCCCGCCACUCCGUGAUCACAGAUGAUGAAUGGCGGAACGCUUCACGCGCCUUGAGGACUGCCAGCUGGGGGGCCGGCUUCUAUCUCAUCACUACGGACAUUCUCGGUCCUUACGGUGUCGGUUUCGCGUUGGGCACUCUCGGAUGGGGCCCUGGCGUUGCCCUUUACACAGUUUUCGCCUUUAUGGCCGGUUACUCUGGCUAUCUUCUCUGGCAAGUCUACCUUGGCCUCGACAGCUAUGAGUAUCCCCUGCGCAACUACGGCGACUUGGCCUAUCGCACCAUGGGCACAGGUGCACGCCACGUCGUCAACAUCCUCCAAUCGAUUCAACUACUCCUCAUCUGUGGACAAGUCAUCAUUCAGAACGGGCAGGGAAUAUCCCAGACCAGCAAGUUCCGGCUUUGCUAUGCCGUCUGCGUGAUUCUCUUCGUUAUCGCCGGCUUCUUCAUGGGUCAAGUCCGCACCCUGAGGAACUUUGGUAUCUUCUCCAUGAUCGCCGUUGGGAUCAACCUGCUCGUCAUCUUCAUCUCGAUGGGCGUAAUGGCUCAUUCGCCGCCCAACUAUUCAAUCUCCGUGCUCGGCUCUGCGGGCUCGGCAGUGAAUCCCGAUAGCAUAACACCAGACACCAACGGAGUCUAUCCACCCAUCAUCCAUUACGGCGGCAUGCCAGACAGCGGAAAUUUCGUGGGCGCCAUCAACGGCUUGAUGAGCGGAGUCUUUGCCUACGGCGGGGCACAACUGUUCAUCGAGAUCAUGGCAGAGAUGCGUCGUCCUUGGGACUUCAUCAAGGCUAUGUGGUCGGCUCAGUUCUUCAUCUAUGCCGUUUACCUCAUCUACGGAUGCUACGUCUAUCACUAUCAGGGACAGUACUCUUUCACGAUAUCAUACAUGGGCUUGUCGCCCUACGGCUUCCAAGCUGCGUGUGAUAUGCUUGUUGUGGUGUCUGGACUGAUUGCCGCGGGCUUGUAUGGCAAUAUUGGUAUCAAAGUACUGUACAACCAAGUGUUGCAGGAGUUGUUUGGUGCGCCACCGUUGUCGACAAAGAGCGGGAAGUACCUAUUCGCUUCGAUUGUGCCAAUCUACUGGAGUAUUGCGUUUGUGGUUGCUGCUGCUAUUCCGGAUUAUUUCGGCUUCGUCUCCGUUAUCGCAGCCUUCUGCAUCGUCCAAUUCUCAUACUCAUUCCCACCGAUAAUCCACCUCGCCUACACCGUGCAACGGAACUCCAUGGACCCCAGCUCAGGCUUCGACUCCACGACGGGGCAAACUACCAAAGCUCACCGCGCUCUCCUCACACGAAUUUGGAAAGGAUUCUGGGCAGAUAAAUGGUACAUCAAUGUGUGGCAUGUCAUCCAUGCCGGUGGAGCCUUGGCGACGGCUGGGUUGGGAGCUUAUGCGGCAAUCCAAGGCAUGAUCGAGGCUUUCAAGAACCCACAAGUAAAUAGCUUUACGUGUCGGAGCCCGUUGGAUCUGUCGGCUGCGUAA